GGCUAGAUCGCCAAGUGCCAGUUACCGACCAGCGGACGCCUCGUGGAUGGCCCAAGACCAGAAGUCCUCGAGGGUUCGGACGCCUCGACGGCGCGAGCGCUUUUUGCCAUUCGGCCAGCUCUUGCGGUUAGGGCGACCGCGGGUAUGCUGGAGUCACCCGAGGAGGUCAUCUUGGGGACGUCUGUGCGGGCAUCCUACCUACCGAGCGGGCCCGUUUAUCCUCAAGAUCCCAUGAGCCACAACAUCACGAUGCAUGAAGACAUUCGAGGCUGGGGCCCCCUUGGGCCCCUCUUCUCAACGGUCGCCAACGCGCGGGACCCCCCAUGCAGGCCAACGACAAAUGAGCAGACGGACGGAACAUGGUUCGGGACCCAUGGACAGACGAUCAGGCUCGUUGAAUGUGGCACAGGGCUUGACUUCCAGCUGCACGAAGCACGGGGGGGAGAAGAGGCGAGGGAGACGCGAGAAUGGCGACGGCGAAGCGAUUUAGAAACCGGGAUCUAUCCGAUCUAUCACAUGGCGGUGAAUCUGGCUGCCGCGCAUGGGGAUCCCAGGCACUCGGGAUGUCACCUUUUAGAAGCGAGGGGGAGGGGGGGCGCGCUCGGAUUUCAAGAAUGGACGGCAUUCUACUGGAGGAGAGAGAGAGUGUGUGUGGGAUGCUACAUGGACACCAGUCUGAGCCUUGACAGAAACGCCGAUCGAGUCAGGGCGUGCCUUGACACGACAGCUCAACGGUUGAUGGAUGCAGAUGGGCAUGAAGAAAUACGAAGUGGUAUUGCAUGACACCGGUCCUAGCCCUGAACCCCGAUCAGAAGGGGUCGGCCAGCCUAUCAACCCCUUGUACCUGUACAUGCGACCGGCCGAUUGCCAGGCCGUCACGAAGAAUUCCCCAUCGAGACAGGGAAAACCUGGAAACCAGCCUGCUGCACCCCACUGUGGUGCGGCAGAUCUCCCUUCCUGGGGUGAGGAGGGGAUCGACGGGGGGGGAAGGUCAAUAAUUAGUGCAUUCUGCUGGAUAUUAUUGUUGGUUCCGGUGACUUCUAGACGAUAUAAUCACCGAACAUCCCCGCCAGGUUGCUGCCGAUCAACCCGCCCAUCCCUGGCCGUGGAAUAUUAACUCCACGCUGCAAGGUGGGAAGUCGGUAAGGGACUCGUCGCGAUCUCAAGACUGCAAACUGCAUUUAUCGAUACCUCGAUGCCUAGAGAAUUGCCUCGCCACACUCCAGCCACAUACUCCCCCCCCCCCCCCCCC